AUGAGCCAGAAAUCUCCCACCAAACCCUUUGACUGGGCCGCCGUCCAGCGAGAAAUCUUUUCUGCUGCCGGAACUCAGCCUCCCGCCGAGCCGUCGUCCCCGCGCCGCCAUUCAGGUGCUCACCCCGGGCCCCAUGAUCAGCGCACGCGAAGCCUCAGUCUCUCCCUGCCAUGGCGCCGCCCAAGGAGCUCGUUAUUCGUCCACGAUACCCAUAAUUUGAAUGAAAAUGCCAUUGAUGACUCCAACGACCAAUAUCCGAAUCCCCAACACAGACGCCACGCUACCGCCGGCCCCUUCAGAGGCAUCAUUCGACGUGCUUCGCACUCUUUCAAGGGCAUGGUCCAUCGCCGCCCCUCACUUCUCAACGAGGAACCCAUCCACGAGCAACAAGACCACCCCGAAUCGAGACCCUCCACAGCUAGCUCGACCUGGAACAAGUUGCGCCAAGCCACCACGUUCCGUCAAGCUCGAUCUGCCUAUGGCCUCGAUGCUUGCCUUCAAGCCUCCCUGUCGUGUCACCACCCGACACCUGCCAGCCUUCCCAUCCCCGCACUCGGGGAUGCUCCUCCAUUCAUCCCCGAGUACGGCGGAGCCGCUGCCAAGGCGUCUGCUGCCAUGCAAAACGACUUCUUCGCUCGUAACCGCUGGCUCCACCAGCCGACAAGCGACGACGGCAACGACCGCGAGAGUGGCAUCGGCAUUGUCUUGACGGGCACCAGUGCCGAAUUUGAUAUCGAUGGCGAGGCCGCUGCUUCCGAGACGACCAAAAUCCGCCGCGUUGACUUUAUCACCGCGCUGCCAACCGAGCUGGCCAUUCAGAUCCUCGCCAAUCUCGACGCCGCGACCCUCGCCACGAUGAGUACCGUCAGUCGAAAGUGGGCGGACGUCAUCGAGAACCAGCACGUCUGGCGCGAGUCUUUCUUUCGCGAGAUGGGCCAAACUUUUGCCACUGGCGGACCCGUGCAGCCCGGCACAGGCCUCGGCAUCCCGCACGCUGUGCCUGAAAACGACUGGAAGCGCGCCUACCGCACACGGCAGCAACUAGCUCAGCACUGGGCGGAGGGCCGGGCGCGUCCUGUCUACCUCUGCGGGCACACUGAUAGCGUGUACUGUCUGCAGUUUGACGAGCAUAAGAUCGUCUCGGGCUCGCGUGACAAGACGAUCCGCAUCUGGGACAUGCGGACCCUUGAGUGCCGCCUCGUCAUCGGCCCGCCCGAUGUGGUGCACGCGCGGGAGCUGCUCUUUGACGAUGAACUCGGCGGCGCGGAGACGCAUUACGCCUCGGGCCCAAACCACGGCGACGAGCGCAUGGUCGCCUCGACGCCGGCUGCCGUCGCCUAUUCCAUGCACCACAUGGCCUCGAUCCUGUGCCUGCAGUACGACGACGAGAUCCUCGUCACCGGCUCGUCCGAUGCUACCGCCAUCAUCCACUCCGUCCGCGACGGGUACCGCCCUGUGCGGCGCCUCGAGCACCACACCGCCGCCGUGCUCGACCUCGUCUUUGACGACCGCCACAUCGUCACCUGCAGCAAGGACACGACCAUUUGCGUGUGGGACCGCGCCACGGGCAACCUCCUGCGGCAGCUGCGCGGCCACGCGGGGCCCGUCAACGCCGUGCAGAUGCGCGGUCGCACCGUCGUCUCGUGCUCCGGCGACCUGCUCGUCAAGCUGUGGGACCUUGACUCCGGCCGCGCCGUGCGCCAGUUCGCGGGGCACACCAAGGGCCUCGCCUGCUCGCAGUUCUCCGACGACGGCCGCCUCGUCGCCUCGGCCGGCAACGACCGCGCCAUCCGUGUCUGGGACGCCCGCACCGGCGACUGCGUCCACGAGCUGCCCAACGCGCACGCCAAUCUCGUCCGCAGCCUCCACGUCGACUCAGUCAGCGGCCGCCUCGUCUCCGCCAGCUACGACACCGACAUCAAGGUCUGGGACCUCCGCGACGGCAGGCAGCUGCUCGAAUUUCCCCGCUGGCACGCCAGCUGGGUGCUCUCGGCCAAGAGCGACUACAGGCGCAUCGUGAGCACCGGCCAGGCGCCCAAGAUCCUGAUCAUGGACUUUGGAGCUGGCAUCGACGGCAUCGAGAUGUUGGAGGGCGCGCCCUCGCCGCCUUUUAGCAGCAGCGGCGGCUCUGGUUUCUUUUAA